AUGUCGAACUCAACUCCUAUGUCUUCGCAAGGCGCAACGACUCGUACAGUGACGCCUACGUCGCAAGGCGGCAGCAGAACUAUGGAGGUUCGCCCUCAGCCUGUCUUGCGACUGUCAGCGCCUUCGGGAGUGCUCCGUCUACGAGCGGAACCGACUGAGCGGAGACGCAUCCAGUGGGCAGAGGACGUUGUCGAUAACGAGGGCAUGGGCAAGAAGUCUUCCAAAGUUUGCUGUAUCUACCACAAGCCCCGCGCUGCUGACGAAUCUUCGGACGACGAAUCCUCUGGCUCUUCCUCUGAUUCAGAUUCAGACUCCGAGGUUGAUAACAGUACAGCUAGACCUAGCAGUGGGGCUGGUGGUCAUCGAGGGCGUGCGCACAAGCAUGACCAUGGAGAUUGUGAACACGGUCAUAAUCACGGCGAAGGCUCGGGCAAGCCACAGAAGCGCCGUCAACGACGAAAGCCUAGCCCCAAUGCCUACGAGAAGAUGCCCAAGGUCAAAAAAUAG